CAAUAUGGCGACAGGUCACCGUACCGAUGAUCGUUCUGCAAUAAAUCUCGAAAAAACUUGCAAACCACGAGUAAUUUUAUUAUUCAGUGGCAAAAGGAAAUCGGGCAAGGAUUAUAUUACAAACGUUUUGCAAGAAAGAAUUGGUUUUGACAGCAGCGUCAUUAUAAAAUUAUCGGGGCCAAUUAAAAUACAUUGGGCUAAAUCUCAGGGUUUGGAUAUCGAUCAACUUUUAGGAGAUGGAGAAUAUAAAGAAAAUUAUCGUUAUAAAAUGGCAAAAUGGGGAGAAAGUAUUAGAAAGCAAGAUUAUGGCUACUUUUGUCGUGCAGCUAUAGACAUGUGUAAUGCACACAAUAAACCAAUUUGGAUAGUGAGUGAUGUCAGAAGAAAAACUGACAUACAAUGGUUUAUACAAAAUUUUGGAGAUGCAUGCAAAACAAUUCGUAUCGUAUCAGAUGAUGUAAUUAGGAAGAAACGUGGUUGGAUGUUCGUUUCAGGCAUUGAUGAUUCUGAAACUGAAUGUGACCUGGAUGAUAUAAACACAUGGGAUUUGAAAGUGACAAAUAAUAGUGAAAAUGUAGAACUUAUAUUGCAGCAGAUAUUAAAAUUAGUUAAUUAG